AUGGAACAAACAGGAGAAAAGAAAAAAAGAAGGUGGACAAAGAAACAACUUCGAGCUAGUCAGGGUAUGCUAACACAGCAAGCUAAAACUAAUAUAUAUGCCUCUCAAGCUGGAACUACCGGAUUCGGUGCCGUCCGUCACGGCGCUGACAUUCGAGCAGACGAUCAGGAUAAAGCCGGAGAAGGUGUAUUAACUCAACAAUCAGCCACGCACAUAUAUGCUUCCCAGAAGGGUAUGACUGGAUAUGGUUCAGUUCGUCAUGGAGCUGAUAUCCGGUCAGACGACUGCUGUCAAGAAGGUCAUGGAGUGCUUACCCAGCAAGCCGAAACAAACAUAUAUGCGUCUCAGAAAGGAAUGCGCGGAUAUGGGGCAGUUAGGCACGGUGCUGAUAUAAGAAUAAAAGAGCUUUACGAAGAAGGUGAUGACGAUGAAUAUCCAACAGAUGAAGAAGAAGAGAAAAAAGUAAUGCCUCCAAGAAGAAGUCCACGAGUAGAGCAGCAAUCAGCCCCAGAACCGGAACCGGAAGCAGAGCAGGAAGCCAAUCCAACUGGUGCCUCUGGGCAAAAAAAGAGACCGAAGUUUACAAAAGAACAAUUGCGUGCGGGGCAGGGUUUCGUUGGCCUUCAGGCUGGAACAAAUAAAGGAGCUUCACAAGCUGGCAUGACGUCUUUCGGGGCUGGAAGACAUAUUGCCGAUAUUAAAGUGAAGGAAUUAUGGGAAGAAGAUGACGAUGAUCAGCAAGCGAACAAAACGGAAGACUCUACUGAUCAACAGACCGGGGAGAAGAAGAAGAAAAGAUGGACGAAGAGACAGCUUCGUGCCAGUCAAGGUCUUCUCACACAACAAGCUAAGACAAACAUUUACGCCAACCAGAGUGGAAUGACAUGUUAUGGCGCAGUAAGACACGGUGCUGAUAUCCGCGCUGACGACCAGAACAAGGAAGGCGAGUCUCUGUUGACCCAGCAAGCUGCCACAAACAUCUAUGCCUCACAGAAGGGUAUGCGCGGCUACGGAUCUGUCCGUCACGGCCCAGACAUAAGAGCUGACGACGCCAACGCAGAGGGGCAGGGAAUUCUUACCCAACAGGCCGCAACACAUAUCUAUGCCUCUCAGAAGGGCAUGACCGGAUACGGAUCCGUGCGUCAUGGCCCAGACAUUAGAGCCGAUGACAUCCGCGCUGAGAGCAAUGGCCAACUUACACAGAUUGCCGAAACUAAUAUCUAUGCCUCUCAGAAGGGAAUGACCGGGUACGGAGCCGUGCGCCACGGUGCAGAUAUCCGUGCCGACGAUGAAAACCAAGAAGGCAAAGCUUUCCUUACUCAACAAGCCGAGACAAAUAUCUACGACUCGCAGAAGGGUAUGACUUGCUUCGGCGCCGUUAGACACGGUAAAGAUAUUGCUAUUAAGGAAUUGUACGAAGACUCUGACGAAGAGUAUUUGACCGACCCUGACGAGCCGGUUCCCCCGCCACGACAGGAAAAAGCUGCUGCUCCCCCACAACAAGAGCCUGAACCGGCCCAGGAAGAGGAAGAAGAAGAAUAA